AUUUUAAUUGCAUGCAAACCGAAAGACCCGUGCCGCUUCAGCACACGCAUCGUAUACCCAGAAUAGAAAGAAAUCCAUCAGCAUGGGAUUACUGACUAUUCUAAAAAAGAACCGACAGAAAGAAAAGGAAAUGCGCAUCCUCAUGCUGCAAACCACCAUUUUGAAACGAAUCAACGGUGAACCCAUCGAUACCAUUUCGCCCACUUUGGGAUUCAAUAUCAAGACUUUGGAACACGAUGCUUACAAGUUGAAUAUCUGGGAUGUUGGGGGACAAAAAUCUAUUCGUUCCUAUUGGCGUAAUUAUUUCGAACAAACCGAUGCAUUGGUAUGGGUGGUUGAUUCGGCCGACCGACUACGACUGCAAGACUGCAAACGAGAAUUACUCCAAUUACUCCAAGAAGAACGCUUAGCAGGAGCAACAUUGCUCGUUUUCGCCAACAAGCAAGAUCUAGCCGGAUCACUGUCAGAACAAGAAUUAAAAAAGACGCUGGCAUUAGAUGAGAUCAAGAGUCAUCAUUGGGCCAUACAAGCAUGCAGUGCCGUGACUGGCGACAAUUUACUGAAAGGGAUGGAUUGGGUGGUCAACGAUGUCGCCUCAAGGAUAUACAUGCUGGAUUAA